AUGAUGCUGCAAGACGUGACGGACCCAAUGCUCUGUAGAGUGUUCCCAGCAACAUUGCAAGGCUCGGCACAGAAGUGGUACUCAUAUCUCAAGGCUGGCUCAAUCGGUUCCUUUUUCGAUUUGGCCACAAGAUUCAAAGCGCGCUUCAGGACCAACAUCCCAAUGCAGAAAGGUUCCAGCGACUUAAAAAAAUGUAAACAAGGAGACCAAGAAACGUUGAAGAAUUUUGUGGAAAGAUUCAAUAAAGAGGCGGUCCAAAUCGAGAAUCUUAAUCACGACACAGCCAUAGAGGCCAUGAAGAUUGGGACCCGAUUUGAAGAGCUCCGAGACAAAAUUCUGAUGAAAAAGCCAACCACCUUCCAAGACUUAAUGCUGAUAGCACACAAGUAUGUAGAACUAGACGAAGCAAGGAGAACUUUGACCAAGCAGUCGGAGACAACGAAACAAGACAACUCCAAAUAUCGAGGAAAGAAAGAGGAGGAGAGACCCCGAACGCAGAGAUUCGGAGGAUCGAGCAGACCUUAUGACUUCACGCCACUGAACCGAGCCCCAGUCUAUAUACUCAGCUGGAUGAAGCAAAACCGGGUGAUGUUCAACACCCCCAGAAGAAUGGACCCAGACAAGGAACGAGACAAGAGCAAGUACUGUCGCUUUCAUGAGGGCUAUGGCCACGACACAGAUCGCUGCUGGAAUCUUAAAAGAGAGAUAGAACAACUAAUCCAAUCUGACGUGCUGAGGAAAUUCGUCCACGAAAAGACAGGAGAAAAGAGGAAAGGAGACACCACAGAAAAAGAAGAACAGAACAAGAAAGCCAAAGAGGUCGCAGGGGUAAUACAUGUUAUCGAUGGAGGUGAGCCUUACAGCAACUCCCAAAAGAAGAAGAGGAACAGAAGAGGUUCUGCGACAAUUUUCGCAAUUGAAAGGGAAAUAGCUCAAGAAGUCUCGUUCGGCCCAGAAGAUGGAGGACACGUACGAGGAACUCACAAUGAUGCAUUGGUGAUAGAAGCAGUGAUAAGAAACCACCGGGUCAAGCGUAUCCUAAUAGAUGAAGGAAAGCUAGGUGAGAAGACCGAGGGGCCACUCAAGAAACUACAUGCCCAGUUCAACGUGGUAGAUUUACCUCUAGCAUAUAACGGAAUCUUCGGCAGACCAUUCUUAUACCAAUCAAGCGCAGUAACUAGCAUCAGGUUACUGACUUUAAAGAUACCCACCUCAGAGGGAACAGUAGUAAGGGGAAGCCAAGAAAUGGCCAGGGAGUGUUGUAUGAUAACAACAGAAGAAGGAGAAAGCUUACCGAUCGCCACUUUUCCUGGGAUGGUCUUAGACGAAGAAGAAGUAGGAGGCGUAGAACCAGUCGGAGACAUGGAGGACUUCGAAAUAACUACAACCAAAGUAGUAAAGGUAGGGACAGAUGUCCCAAAAGAGGUGAAAGAGGGAAUACAGUCCAUCCUAAAGAACAACGCGGAGUCGUUCGCUAUAGAACCAGCAGAAAUCAAAGGAGUUGAUCCAAAAAUAGCUUCACACAAGCUAAACAUAAAGCCAGGGAGCAGACCCGUGGUACAGAAGAAGCGGCGAUUAGCAGAGGAGAGGUGGAAGGUUAUCGCAGACGAAGUUAAAGUGCUAGAAGUGGCUGGUUUCAUCCGAGAAGUAUAG